AUGAUUUCCUUCUCCCUCUGCCUAUCCGAAGCGCCUUCACUGGUAGCGACCUCCACCUAUCCCUCGCUCAUCCCUUCACAUCCUUGUCGUUCACUCGCUGCAAAGCUGAUAUUCCUGGUCUUUCGGAGCGCUGGCCAACCGACCUUGCGACGACGCGCUCUUUGCUCGCGCUGGUUACACGCCCUACUGAUCUGGUUCUACCUGACGAGACUGGUCCACGCUGCCUCAGAUUUCGUGCGCCUUCCCCAGCCAUCUGCACGCUCACCGACACCAUUGGGCUCACACUCGCGCCCAUUCGCGCCCACAUAUGACAGGCUACUUGCGCUCGACCACGACGGCGACGACGACGGCGACGACAGUGGCGGCGGCGCGAGGGCAUUGAAGACGGCCGAUGCGCAGGAAAGCAGGUUACGAACAGCGAGUGCAUCGCAUUUGAGACGGCGGGACGCCGACCGAGCGGAGUCCGUGCGCCAUGCGCUGACCGUGGGCAGCGAGCGCGAUGCCGAGCGCGAAGAUCCAGCCGACAGGACGAGUUUCGGACGAGUUUGCUCAACGGCCGCUCGCCGUCCCCGACGCGUCGACCUCGACGACGGCGCGCGCCCAUCGGCCCCGACGACGGCGCGACGCGACGGCGGGCUCCCUGGGCUCAUCCACUACACAUUUGAAAAUAUUCCUACUUACGCCCCCUCGCGCGCAGGCGACGUGAUUACAUGCCUAUUCACCCUCGGUCGGCUGAAGGGGCGUUUCGAGCGCCGAAAGGCUUGGUGGAAGGGGGGUUGGGGAAGGCCGACAGUAUUGAACGCGUGCUUUGCAAAUCGACGGCGCCCCCAUUCCCGCGCGAAGGGGCGGUGGCGCGGGUACCCCUGCGCCUUAGACAGGCCUUGGCCGGUGGUGCUUCCGGUAAAACGGCGAAGGGGCCCCGCCGAGUCGACGAGGGUAGGGGUUUGGGGCCCUGUCGGCUCGACGAUGAGGGGGUGUCGAACGACGGGAGCGGAAGGGAAGGGGGUCUGUCUGAUGCUCAUGGCGGUGCGCGUGCAACUUGGAGAGGGGAUUCUCUUUGUGCGCGCGGCAAUAAGCAAGGGGGUCGCCUGA